UAUCCCCCACACUUUCCUUCUUCUCUUCUUCACUCUUCAAACCCCAAAAACAAAAACAACCACAACAAUGGCAGCAACAAAAACAACAUCAACAACGUUGUUGCCAUUCUUCUUCUUCUUCUUCUUCUUUUUCCUUAAUCUCUCCGAAUCAAGACUCACCUUAGACUACUACAAACAAACAUGUCCACAAUUCGAACAAAUCGUCCAACAAACAGUAACCUCAAAACAGAUCCAAUCACCAACAACCGCCGCCGCCACACUCCGUCUCUUCCUCCACGACUGCCUCCUCCCUAACGGCUGCGACGCUUCCGUCCUCCUCUCCUCGACCCCCUUCAACAAAGCCGAGCGCGACAACGACAUCAACCUCUCUCUCCCCGGCGACGCUUUCGACCUCAUCGUACGCAUCAAAACCGCCCUCGAAUUCUCAUGUCCCAACACCGUCUCUUGCUCCGACAUCCUCUCCACCGCCACACGCGACCUCUUAAUCAUGCUCGGUGGUCCCCACUACAACGUCUACCUCGGCCGCCGCGACGGCCGAACCUCCGCUUCCCCCUCCGUUAACGGCCAUCUCCCUAAACCAUCAAUGCCAAUGUCACAAAUCAUCGAAAUCUUCACUAAACGUGGCUUCACCGUCGAAGAAAUGGUAGCACUUUCCGGUGCUCACACAGUCGGAUUCUCUCAUUGUUCAGAAUUCUCUUCCGAAAUAUACAACAAUUCAUCCUCUCCUAGCUCACCAAGUUCAUACAAUCCUCGUUUUGCCGAAGCUUUACGAAAUGCUUGCCGUGAUUACCAGAAGAAUCCAACUUUAUCGAUUUUUAACGAUGUUAUGACACCGAACAAGUUCGAUAAUGUUUAUUUUCAGAAUCUUCCAAAAGGUUUAGGUGUUUUGAAAUCAGAUCAUGGUUUGUUCAGUGACCCAUUAACGAAACCUUUUGUGGAAACUUUUGCUGCGGAUGAAGAUAAAUUCUUUAAGGUUUUUGCUUCUUCAAUGCAGAAGCUUAGUCUUUUGGGUGUGAAAACUGGUAGAAGAGGUGAGAUUAGAAGAAGAUGCGAUCAGAUUAAUUGAUUUUUGAUCUUGUUUCUGUGAGGGUUUGUUCUGGAAUCUGGUUUUCGUUAUUGGGUUUCAUAAAAAUGUAAACUUUAUUUUACUUAGUCUUUUUUUAUAUGUAUAAUUUCUCUCUCUUUUUUUUACUAUAUUUUUUUAUGUUAUAUUGUUUAUGAUAUAAUAUGAUAGUUAGGUUUAUAAUUAUUGAUCUGAGGUGGAUCUGGAGAUCUAGGAGAAAAAUUUGAUGAUUUAUGCUCAAUAAUAUACAUACAUAAUUAUUCUGUGUGAGCUGUGUAAUUGCAUGAGAGGAGUAUUGUGUUGUAAAAUUUAAUAAAAAUCUCUCUUUUUUAUUCUUA